UUCGGCCAUAUUGAAAAAUAUCGAUGUUUGUUUAUGUUUAUCUGCUUUUUGGAGAGUUAAAAAAGUGAUUGUGUUUAGAGUUAAAAAUCUAAAAUAUAUCAAUAAAAAUGAAGAGAGGAAGAAUAAACAAUUAUCGAUUUAACGUCUCCUAAGUAAUGUUACAAAAGAGACAAUGCUUGAGAUUAUUAUCGGUUUUUCUCCAAGACGUCAAUCAGUAACCUUUAUUUGUCUCUUAUGACCAUCAUGAAAUCAAUAUUUUCAUCCCUGCAUGCGUUUUAUACAUUUUCUGAUGAUAAAACAAAUGAAAGUUUAAUUGUGUUGUUUUUUACAAAACAAUGACAAUGGAACUGAUAUUAUGAGGCAAAAGUUAUUUUUGGAAUGUCUCACGUUUUUAAAUAAUUAAAAAAGGUUUAAUUUAAAGUCUGCGAGAAUGACACUGUAUUUUGAUACACGGGUGCAAAAUCCUGAAAGCGCUUCAAUUAAUACUUGCGCGAUUUGGCAUUCGAAUUUGCCAUUUCUUGCGGUUGCGGCUUUCUCUCAAGACAAAGGGGGCUUUGUGACACUUUUCGACGAUCAAGGGGAACCUCUUCAGGAUGUUGAAUCACCAGGUCAUUCGGUGGCCCAAGUCACGGCUCUUGCUUGGCAUCCUGAGAGAAAAUGGCUAGUUAUUGGCUGGGAAAGUGGCGAAAUGCGGGUCUGGGCAGGCGACACUGGUUCGAAUGAAUUUAAUACAAUCGUAACUCCACAUCGGGAUCCUAUUCUUAUUUUACAAUGGAGUCAAAAUGGAGGAAGACUUGUAUCGGCCGAUGCUGCGGGUUCGGCAGUUGGAUGGAAAAUAGAUUCGAGAAAUCAACUUUUUAUGACUUUUCAUCACGAAUUAAAGGAUUCUUUCACUCACAUUGCCUUUAAGAUUUCUCCUCUAAAACCUGCGGUCGAUUUAAGUGGCUUGGCAAAAGCAGCAGUGGCAGGCGAUGAAAGAGCCCUGGAUCUCUUUAGUUCGUGGCGGCCGAAAACCGCGGCACCAACGGCAAUACCAACACAAAGGGACAAUCACGCAUUCUACAUUGGCACCGCAAAUGCGACAAUUUAUUUUGUUGACAUUCAAGGUCAAUGUGUAGAAGUCAUCAACAUGAACGAUACGACUCUUCAUGCUUUAUUACAUCAUCAAUCGAGGGAUUCUCUCGUUGUUUUGACAGCGGGACUAAAUAUUGCCCAUUAUCAAGCUGAUCCGAUAACUGGCCAACUAACCGAAUUGACAAAAGUGAAACUCAGUGGAAAGAGUGAUAUUUCACGAAGUGGUCCCUCGAUUUGUUGGACAGGUGGAAAUACUCUCGCGAUUCUCACAGGCGAACUCGAUGUGAGAUGCUGGGAUCUUCAUACAAACGACUCUUACGUUUUAUCACCAUCGGAAUCAAUAAUGGGAAAUGUCGCCGCGCCACAGGAAAUAUGCACCAGUUUAUCCUACUGCAAAAAUAAUGAAACCCUCGCUGCUGGUACAAAUUUAGGAACGAUAUUUUUCUGGAAAAAGAAAACGGGCUCUGACUCAAUUGAAAACAGUUGGCCAACAUGCCCUGAAUCGUGUACAGUUCACGGAACAGUGAAACAACUCGUUUGGGGUGCUGUAAUGCUACGAAGUCCUCUACUCGCAGUAAAUUGUAUCACAAACGUUUUCAUUCUCCAUCAACAGCCAAUGUGUGCCGCCUAUAAUGACGGUAUUUGCGCCAGUCAAUUGAGUCCAACGCAAAUUUUCCUGCAAAAAGAUGAUAAAAGUCAUAUUCUAAAGACCGAAAUUCAAGUACAAAUAUUGGCAGUCAAUAAUGAUUACGUCGCAGUGUCUUCCGGACGACAAAUUGCCCUCUAUAGAUUGAAAAAAGAUGGUAUGUUCAGUACAUCGUCAGUGUCGAAUUUCGCUUGUGACACGGAGAAAAUACUCAUUUACGAGAGUAUUUUGGUGAUUUUAACGCCAAUUGUCAUUCAAUUGAGAUCAAUCGAGGGAACAAUUAUUCAAACCCUGUCAACAUUACCCGAGGAGGGCGAACCAAUAACAAUGGAAUUGACAGGACAGUAUUUAACAGUUGCUUCAUUAAAUGGAAUUUUAAAGAUAUGGGAUCUCGGUAAACGUGAGGCGAAAUUAUAUACACGUGCAAUGACAUGUUAUGAGGCAAUUAGCGAUUUUGCCGAGAUUAUUGAAGCUAAAUGUAAUUCUGAUUGUCGAUAUGUUUCAAUUACUGUGGCGAUGGCCAAUUUAAUGCCGAGCUCAAUUUUAUACGUUUGGGAUAUUGAGAGCGAUCAAUUGCAUGAAUUUGAUUUUGCCAAUAAUGACGAUGGAAUUGAUGAUUAUUCCGCAUUAGUCACGAAGUGUAAAGGAAGAUUAGUGACCGCACAUUGUUGGGACACCGAUGAUCCCAGACUUUUGAUUUGUCGAGCACAAAAGCCAGAAACAAGAGAUUCAAAAUCAACAAAGUCUUCAAGUGAAUCUGACGAAUCGGCGAAUGUUGUUUUGGUUUCAAUGUUUGCGAGUUCCGAUCAUGGAAUUGUCGUUCAGGAUGUGAGAUCAUUGAACGAUGACAAUUGUCGUCUACUGGGCGUACAAUCGCCUCAUAUAAUAAUUUUAAAUUCCGAAUUAUCAUCAAGCAGUGAUGGUAAAGUUGCUCGUCUAGUAAUGAAGGAUUUCGAGGAACUAGAGGAUUGUGAUUUAACAACAAAAAAGGCUAUUUUGGAUUUUUGCUUCUAUUUAAGUAUCACCAAUAUGGACGAGGCAUUUAAGGCAAUCAAGACAAUUAAAAAUGAGACCGUGUGGAAGAGUCUAGCGAAAAUGUGCGUGAAAACGAAACAAUUGGAUAUGGCAAUGUUGUGCUUGGGUCAUAUGAAACAGGCGAAGGCAGCGCGAGCACUUCGCGAGGCAAUGCACGACGAUUCAUUGACACUCGAGGCGAAAAUUGGAAUUCUCGCUAUUGAACUCGGACUGCAUAACGACGCGGAACGACUUUUUCGUGAGGCGAAGAGAUUGGAUCUAAUUGGAUCGUUACUGGAGGCUCGUAAUAAAUUUAAGGAGUCAUUGACAUUGGCCUCGAGUGAGAAUAAAAUUCGUGAGAAGACAUGUUAUUAUAAUUAUGCGAAAGCACUGGAACGACAGGGAAAAAUAACGGAGGCCAUAGAGAAUUAUACGAAAGCCGAUUGCCAUAGAUUUGAAGUGCCUAGAAUGCUUUUGCUCAAGCCGCGAGAUUUGCAAACUUAUUUGAAUACUUCCGAGGAUCAAGAUGUGAAGAAUUGGCACGCGCAGUAUACGGAAUCAACAGGCGAUAUGGAAGGCGCAUUACGUUUAUAUGAAGCCGCUCAAGAUACUCUCUCAAUGACGAGAUUAUUGUGUUUUCUUAAUCGAGAGGACGAAGCUUGUGAAUUGGUUAUGAGAACGAAUCAUGCAGCUUCUGCAUAUCAUUUGGCUGCGCAUUAUGAGUCAAAAAAUAAUGUCACCCAAGCAGUUCACUUCUAUUCGAUGGCUAAAGCUUACACGAAUGCCAUUCGAUUGUACAAGGAGCACGACAUGACAGAGGAAUUAUGGCCAUUGGCAAUGUUGGCGCCGCGUCAAUCGCAAAUUGACGUUGCAAAAUAUUACGAGGAGAACGAUAAACCGGACAAGGCAGUGUUACUCUAUCACAAAUCGGGAUUACUACGAAAAGCAAUGGAUCUCGCUUUUAAAACACAACAAUACGAUGCUCUGCAAAUAAUCACAAUGGACGUGAAUGCCGAUUCAGAUCCGGCAUUAAUACAAAAAUGUGCCGAUUAUUUUGUUCAAAAUGAACAAAUUGAAAAAGCAGUCGAUUUACUUGCAACCGGAAAAAAUUACAUCGAAGCACUGCAAUUAAUUCAAGAGCACAAUAUCACGCUCACUGAGGAUUUAGCCGAAAAAAUGACAGUCGAAAAAGUUGAGAAGGACCUGGAACGUGAAAGAUUGAGAAUUUCGACAUUAGAGAGAAUUGGAGAAAUUGCAUUUCAUCAGGGAAAUUAUCAUUUAGCGACAAAAAAAUUCACUCAAGCUGGCAAUAAAUUGCGAGCAAUGAAGGCAUUGCUAAAAUCGGGUGAUACCGAAAAAAUAUGUUUCUUCGCACAAGUUUCACGUCAACGGGAAAUUUACAUUAUGGCUGGAAAUUAUCUUCAGUCACUCGAUUGGCAAAAUCAACCGGAAGUUCUGAGGAAUAUUAUUAAUUUCUAUUCAAAGGGCAAGGCAAUGGAUUUGUUGGCGAAUUUUUACGUUGCCUGUGCGCAAGUUGAAAUUGAUGAAUUUCAAAAUUAUGAAAAAGCCCUCGAUGCUCUUAAUCAGGCAGGUAAGUGUUUGGGAAAAGUUGUCGAUCCCCGAGAUUCGGAAGUUCAUCGAAGAGCCAUUGAAGUUGUCAAUGGACGAAUGUCAACGGUGAAACGAUAUUUGGACAUUAAAAGAUUAUUUGAUCGAGGCGAUACGGAGACGGCGAUGAAUCAAGUGCGACAUUUGUUGGAUACAAAAGGCGACGAUUUGGAGCAAUCGGUACGUCGUGGGGAUUUAUUUGCGACGAUUACUCAACAUUUUGCGGAUAUUGGAAAAAUGGAGAAGGCACGUGCAACUGUUGAAGAAUUGAAGCGCCUUGUUCCUGGUAUUAAUUUGAGUUAUUAUUAUAAUGUUAAUCUACUGGAGGCGCUUGGCUAUAAAAUAAAUGUCGAACGCGAGGACAAUUCAGACAAGGAUGAUGGAAUUGAGGAGCUUCUCGGUGAUUGAAUUCUAACGAUUUCUCAUUAUUCAUUUCACUUUUUUGAUCUCAUAGAAUUUAAAACAUUUACUUAUUUUAGAGAUUAAUAUUUAAGAAUCAGCACUGAAUAGCCUCGCUACCUCUUUACAUCAAUCGGCAAUUUUUUCAGAAAAAAUAUUUGAAAAAAUUGCAGAUUCUUUUUAGUUUGCUGUAAAAGUUAUAACACAAAAUCUGAAAUUUAUAUUAAAUUUAAAUUCGCAUUUAAAAUUAUGCAAAAAGAAUAUUUAUCAGAAUUUAUAAAUUUUUCAACAGUUGUGUAAAUUUUUAUCAUCUCAGGCCUCGGUUGAGAGUUCAAAACUAAAUUUCUGAAUUCAAUUAUUUAAAAUUUCAAUAUCUUGUUAAAUAAAUAUUUAAAAUAUGUACUUUUAUAUAUUUUUUUAAACGGGAGUUAAAAUUUCUAUUU